CCCCGCGCCUGCCGCCGUUCCCGGCCCGCCGCCGCCGCCCCUGGCCAGCCGCCGCCCCUGGCCUGCCGCCGCCAUGCCGAUCAACAAGCUGGAGAAGCUGGACAAAGCAGAGAGCUGUGAUAAUGUCAAGGUGGUUGUUCGCUGCCGGCCUCUUAACGACCGCGAGAAAGCGACGGGCUACAGGAUGGCAGUCAGCGUGGAUGAGAUGAGAGGGACUAUCACUGUCCACAAGGCAGACUCCUCCAACGAGCCUCCCAAGACCUUCACCUUUGACACAGUAUUUGGGCCAGAGAGCAAACAGCUGGAUGUCUAUAACUUAACUGCCAGGCCUAUCAUUGACUCUGUGCUGGAAGGCUACAAUGGUACUAUUUUUGCAUAUGGGCAGACUGGAACAGGCAAAACAUUCACCAUGGAAGGGGUCCGAGCAGUUCCCGAGCUUCGAGGCAUCAUCCCCAACUCUUUUGCCCAUAUAUUUGGUCACAUUGCCAAGGCAGAGGGGGAUACAAGGUUUUUGGUUCGUGUGUCUUACUUGGAGAUCUACAACGAAGAAGUGCGGGACCUGCUGGGGAAAGACCAGACUCAGAGAUUGGAGGUCAAAGAGAGACCUGAUGUGGGAGUUUAUAUCAAAGACCUUUCAGCUUAUGUCGUGAACAAUGCAGAUGACAUGGACAGAAUCAUGACUCUGGGCCACAAGAACCGGUCUGUUGGUGCCACCAACAUGAACGAGCACAGCUCCCGCUCGCAUGCCAUCUUCACCAUCACCAUCGAGUGCAGCGAGAAGGGGGUGGAUGGGAACAUGCAUGUGCGCAUGGGCAAGCUGCACCUCGUGGACCUGGCUGGUUCUGAAAGGCAGGCAAAAACUGGAGCCACAGGGCAGCGGCUGAAGGAGGCCACCAAGAUCAACCUCUCUCUCUCCACGCUGGGCAACGUCAUCUCCGCGCUGGUGGAUGGCAAGAGCACCCACGUGCCCUACCGCAACUCCAAGCUGACCAGGCUCCUCCAGGAUUCCCUGGGGGGCAACUCCAAAACCAUGAUGUGUGCAAACAUUGGGCCAGCAGACUACAACUAUGACGAGACCAUCAGCACUCUCAGGUAUGCCAACAGAGCCAAGAACAUCAAGAACAAGGCCAGGAUUAAUGAAGAUCCCAAGGAUGCUUUGCUUCGCCAGUUCCAAAAGGAAAUUGAAGAGCUGAAGAAAAAACUGGAAGAAGGGGAGGAGAUCUCUGGCUCUGAGACCAGUGAUUCUGAAGAGGAGGAUGAAGAUGACGAAGGGGAGAUUGGAGAGGAUGGGGAGAAGCGGAAGAAGCGGCGGGGCAGUAGCAGCAGCAGUAGUUCAGACUCCACAUGCUCUGUCAUAGAGAAACCUCUGGAUAAGUCCUUCACUAACCAAGCAGGCAAAAAGAAAGUUUCUCCUGAUAAGAUGGUAGAGAUGCAAGCAAAGAUUGAAGAGGAGAGAAAAGCUCUUGAAACUAAGCUUGAUAUGGAAGAGGAGGAAAGAAAUAAAGCCCGAGCUGAGCUGGAGAAGAGAGAAAAAGACCUGCUGAAAGCACAACAAGAGCACCAGUCCCUGCUGGAGAAACUGUCUGCACUGGAGAAGAAGGUGAUUGUUGGAGGAGUGGAUUUGCUGGCAAAAGCAGAGGAGCAAGAGAAGCUUCUGGAAGAGUCAAAUAUGGAACUGGAAGAACGAAGGAAGAGAGCAGAGCAGCUUCGCAAGGAGCUUGAGGAGAAGGAGCAAGAGCGCUUGGACAUCGAGGAGAAGUACACCACCCUCCAGGAGGAGGCACAGGGCAAAACCAAAAAGCUGAAGAAGGUUUGGACCAUGCUUAUGGCUGCAAAAUCAGAGAUGGCAGAUCUGCAACAAGAGCACCAGAGAGAGAUUGAAGGACUGCUGGAGAACAUUCGGCAGCUGAGCAGAGAGCUUCGUCUGCAGAUGCUCAUCAUAGACAACUUCAUUCCUCAGGACUAUCAGGAAAAGAUUGAGAACUACGUUCACUGGAAUGAAGACAUUGGAGAGUGGCAGCUGAAAUGUGUGGCAUAUACAGGAAACAACAUGAGGAAGCAAACCCCUGUCCUGGACAAGAAAGAGAAAGAUCCCUUUGAGGUGGACCUUUCCCACGUUUACUUGGCUUACACUGAAGAAAGCUUGAGGCAGUCGCUGCUGAAGCUGGAGAGACCCAGGACCUCUAAAGGAAGAUCCAGGCCCAAGACUGGUAGAAGAAAACGUUCGGCAAAGCCAGGAGCUGUCAUUGACUCCCUGCUGCAGUAGGUGUGACCUGGUCAGGAUUUGCCUGUUCAGUGAGUCUAUAAAAUUGGACCAGAAUAUGGAAUUCCAGGAGAUGGCACAGUUUGAACUUCCCCUUCCUUCCCUCCCCCAACCCCCUAAGCUGUAUCAAAACCAUACCUUGCUGGUAUGGAGCUUUUGAUUUUAACCAACCCAUCUCUUUGUCCUUAGUUGUCCUGUAUGUUAUAUUAACAGACUAUUAAACAGGUUGUGAAACUCCACGUGGUAAAUGUGUGGCAAAACUAUAGCAGACAAAGCUCCUAGGUGGUAACUCCAAAGAGUUGAUGAGCUCCUGACAUUUCUUAGGCUGCUGAAUCAAGAUUCCUGCCCUGCUUUGUGCACACACACACACACACCUGGCAGCUUUCAUUAGCUCCCCUCUCUCUCUCUCUUGCACCUGGUGGCUCCAAACCUGAGAGCUUCAAACCCUUUUUGGUUAAAUAGUCCUCACCUGAUCGUGUUUGUGGCUCAAAUGCUUAGCUCUUCUCUCAUUAUUUGCUGCCUUUCUGUACAGACAAACCUCAAAAGCACCUGGGGAGGGCAAACACAAAUGCCAAAAGCCUGAAGCUCCUGGCAAGGGACCAUGCUUUUAAGUGAGGCAACCCCCUAAGCUUUUCAAGUGGUGCUUUUCAUUUGUAGCCAAGCUUUUGGGGCAGAGGCAAGAGAGAGCUUUGGGUUCCCCCCCCCCUCCUUUUUAAAGCUGUGUUGCAAUAUUGCUUUGGCUGCUUUUUUUUAUGCUUCUGAGCUGGGAUUUUUGACUUGUCUGUGAAUUGUUUUGUGAUCUGGACAGCAGAGAUGAUUUAAGGGGGAUGCUUUGACACCAGGAGAGUUGGCUGCAGCCUUGGCACUGUUGAGUGUGGUUUUCUUAGCCCUGGUUUACAAGGGCAUGGAAGUGAUGAUGGAUUUGACUCUCCUGUAUUACAGCAGGCAUGGAAUUGCCCAGUUUUUUCCCAGUAGCAUCCCCUGAAAUAGCUGCUGCUGUUCCUUGCUGUGUGGAAUGUAUCACCUCUGACUGUGCUCUGCUGAGAGGCAAGCAGUUCUGGUCUCUGAUAAGCAUUUCUUUGUGGUGGCUGCUCUUAUUGUUUGUUUCUGUUUGGUUGAUGUUGAUGCUGCUAAUAGACACACCUCACUUUAAGACAUGGCUUUAGUGUCACAGAAGAUGCACCUCCUUUGGAUCCCUCUGUGUUUUGUAGCUGGUGCUGGAGCAUAUGGGCUGCAGGCAUCUCAGUAGCUCCUUUGGCAGGGUGCUGGAACUUCAUCUGGUCUUAGUGUUACCCAGAGGUGGAAAAAGCUGUGAGUACUGAUAGGAGAAAUGGAGUCCUUAAGUGUAGAGUCACUCAAUGGUUUGAGUUAGAAGGGACCUUUUAAAGGUCAUUUAGUCCCACAUCCCUGCAGUCAGCAGGGGUGAAAAAGUGGCAGGAAGAACAGGACAGCUCCUUGGGUGUCCUGAGUUCUUGCUAGUAGCCAUGUUUGACUGCUGGAGUGUUUCUGGGAGGUACUUGGAGUAAUUACAACUUGCUGAGCAGGUUGUUAUUCUGAAUUCCUGCCAAUCCAAGCUGCAGGAGGCUUUGCUGUUGAGUUGCUGACCUUACUUUGAAUCUGCUUGGGUAGACUUGGGUUAUCCCUGUACUCUUGCAGCCCAGAAACCACACAUCUCCUGGGCUGAUCCCCAGCAGCAUGGGUAGGGAGGGAAUUCUGCCCAUUUGCUCUGCUCAGACCUUCCCCUGCAGUGCUGGGGCUAGCUCUGGAGUCCUCAGCACAGACAGGGAGCUGCUGGAGCAGGGCCAGAGGAGGCCACAGCAAUGCUGGCAGGGCUGGAAGGGCUCUGCUGUGAGGCCAGGCUGGGAGAGUUGGGGGUGUUCAACCUGUGGAAGGGAAGGCUCCAGGGGGAUCUUAGGUGGCUACAGGAGAGGGACUUGUUCCAAAGGCAUGGAGUGACAGCAUGAGGGCUGAUGGCUUCAAGCUGGAUUCAGAUGAGACAUUAGGAGGAAAUUCUGCCCCAUGAGAGUGCUGAAGCAGUGGAAUAGGUUGCCCAGAGAAGUUGUGGAGGCUCCAAGCCUAGAGAUAUUGAAGGCCAGGCUGGAUGGAGCUUUCAGCAGCCUGGGCUAGUGGAAGGUGUCCCUGCCUGUAGCAGGGAUUUGGAAGUAGAUGAUAUUUAAGGUCCCUUCCAGCCCAAACCCUUCUAUGAUUCUAUCUCAUGUUCCACCCUUCUUAUCAAACAAGAGGCUGAAAAUGGCUUUGGUGCUGCUGUGUCCCAACCACUUAGGUCAGUUGAGUCCCAGCAGAUGGGGCCAGAGCUGUCAGGCCAGGGGGGAAACUGUUGUGUUCCUCUCUUGUGUUGUGCUGAGAUUAACUGAGGGAGCUCCUCUUGAACUGUGCUUUCAAAAAGCCACUGAACAUGGCUGGGGUUUUUGUUUUGACCUAGCAGACACCAGUGGCUGAGUGACACCACUGAGCCAUGACCCUGCUCUUAGAGAGACACAGAAGCUAACUCCAGAGCCACAUGCAUUAGGAUUUAAUAACCUCACAGUGCUGCUGCUGCAAGUUGAGUCCUCUGCAUAGCUAAAUGAGCAGAGAAACCAAACUAUAGCUUGUGCUCCUUUAACUGGUCAGAGAGCCCUGGGCUGGUUGUAAUCUCCUGCUACAGGGGCUGGGAGAACAAACUGCUCUUCUAGAGGGCUUCAAAUGAACCUUCUCAUGGUCAUAAUGAUCUCUCACCCUGGCUUACCUGGAGCUUUUUGCUGAAGUUCUGGCAGCUUCCCUUCUCAAAGCAGGGAGUCUGGUGUGGGGCUGAGCUCAUGGACCCUCUGGGUGGUCUGUGAACGCCUAAGAGGUCCCUAAAGGAGGAGGGGAGGUUGGUUGUGUGGGGGUUAAGAGCUUAAUCCAUCCCUUCCUGUCCCCAUGAUAUAUAAACCUUGUGUGCUCAUCUUCCUCUCACCACCAGAAGGCUCCCCUCGUUGCAGGACAUCAACCUUAAGAUCGAGCUUCUGCCUGGUGUUGAAUGUUGUGUACAUGAAUUAGUUCAUCUUUAACUUGUUCCUGAGCCUUUCUUUAAGAGAAGGGGGAAAUGGUCCUCAGUGCCUUUCUCUGACUGCACUGCACAUCUCCAGCUGUCACCUUCUCAACGGUUCUGCUUAGCCAAGCUGCUGCAGAGAGGAGAAUCUGCUCAUCUCUAACAGUUUUCUUAUUUAUUGGGGGUUUUUCCUGGGUUACUGCUUUGUGUUAACAAUUAAACCUCCUUCUUGACACUGUACAUAGCAGUCCUGUGGCCCUGGAGCAUGUUCAUCCCAUCAAAUAAAAGUCUUGAUUCCUA